GAGAACAAAAGUUGACAUUUGGCAAUAUUUCAUGUUUUUAGCAGGGAACCUCAAUUUGGAUGAAACAUCUGCUGAAAACACCGAGAAAUUUGCUGACAUGAAGGCGCAGAAAUGUCACAAACGAAGCUUCUUGGGCUCCGCAGAGAGUUGCUCUGGUGCUUCAGAGCCUAAAUACAAGAAAAUUGUGGAAGUCCCUGCACUGUCUACAGGGAAUGGCAGUUUCUUAGCUAUGCCCCUCAGCAGCCACCCAGUGACCUCCACCUCGCUGACUAACCAGCACGUGUCCCUUUCUGUUCCUGCUACUGGUGUGUUGGAAAGAAGCUUCCUCAUUCCUGGAUUUUCAGCACCUUUGAUUCCAGAGUGUCUACCUGUCAGUGUGAAAGGGAGCCAAGAGAGCGGAGGCUUCGCAGAUCCUCCUCAGCAGAUAAUUAACUUUGUUCUUGAAAACGGCACACCUGAUGUUAUAAUAUAUCCAGUGCUGUCAUCUUCCAUGGAAACAUUGAUAUCCCCAAGUUUUGCAGUUAGUUUAUGUGGUUUAGAAAUGUUCAAAGAAGCCCAAGUUCCCAUAGUUCCUUCUGAAGAACCUUUCAAAAGACCAAAGCCAGUCGAAGCUUUCCGUACGUCACUUAUGGAUUAUUUCCGAGACAUGUGCAAAUCUGUGGCCACGGAGCGUGAAGUAACUCUUGAUCACCUGUUUGUUGAUGGGACGCUUGUUCAAUCCCAAACUGAAACCAAGAAUGGGAAGAAUAGUGGAAAAACAGUGGAAAAGGAGCUGGUCACUUGCAAUCUGCAAGGGAAGGAAAAGACAGCCCUUCAAACAAGCCAAAUAUUUCAAAACUUGGGAGGUAAAGACCUUGAGACUAAAGUGGUUGUGGUGCUAAUGGGCAAAAGCAUUCUUGUUCAGAAGAUCUGCCAGGACUGGUCCAACGGCGAGUUUCCUCAGUUUGAAUUUGUAUUUUGGUUCGACUGCAAACAAAUUAGCUUGCCUGAGAAGCGAUACAGCCUGAAGGAUCUGCUGCUUGAAUUUUUUGUAAAGCCUCAAGAGGGAAGCAAAGAGAUCUUUGAGUACAUAUUGCAAAAUCCUGCUAAAGUCCUUCUGGCUUUUGAUGGUUUUGAAGGAUUGCACGAUCAUGAGAAUUUUCCUCGUUGCUCAACUGGCCAGCCUGAACAAGACUUGUGCCGUGUAAAGGAGCUGCUUUCCGGGCUCAUCCAAAAAAAGCUACUCAAUGGUUGUACAUUAUUACUUACAGCAAGACCGAAAGACAAGGUGUUCCAGUGUGUGUCCAAAGUGGACAAGACUGUUGAAAUAGUGGGGUUUUCCCCUCAGCAGAGAGAACUGUACAUAACCAAAUACUUUGAAGGAUUACCCUGUUGUGGGAGUGCACUGAAAUUAAUCAAAGAGAGUGAGUACUUGUUCAGUCAUUGUUACAGCCCUGUUAUGUGUCGAUUUGUUUGUUUUCUCUGUGAGGCCGUACUUGGAACGGGAGACCGAAGCCUUCCUUCCACUCUUACUGCAGUCUUCCUGAAAUUUGUUCAGCAGAAGGUAAUACCUGUGCAAACAGAUGUUACAGCCGUGCAAAGUCAAGAGAGUCUUGCUACACUAGCCCACGUAGCCUGGUAUCUUGGGGAAAAGCACCAAAACGCCAUGAAAAGCGAUCUUCUUCCUUCAAAGAAAGUUAAAGAGUUUGCUCUGAAAUGUGGAUUUUUCCUGCCAUGUGCAUUCCUCAUGCAUUCAGAUAGUGGAGAAGAAGAGUUUGGGAGCACAUUUUCUGAUUUUGUCAUUCAGAAUUUCUUGGGUGCUCUUCACCUUAUGUUAGCAGAAGACAUCAAGGAUAAAAGUAUAACAAAGUACCUGCCUUUUUCAUCCAAGAAGAAAAAACCUUAUAACUGGUUAGAAUUAGUGCCUCGAUUUUUGGCUGGAUUGUUGUUCCUCCAGGAUGACCCCUACUUCUGCUCUCUCUCAAAUAAGGAUGCAAACCAAACAACCAAGAAGCAGAAAACAUUCUUGAAAUAUGUUAGAAGGCUGCAAAUCAAUGAGCUCUGGCCGGAGAGGUUACUCGAGCUUUUGCAUUGCAUUUAUGAAACACAAAGCAAUUAUCUUUUGCAGCAUGUGUCCUUAAGGCUGAAGCCACACCUGUCUUUUCUGGAUGUAGUUCUUACACCACCUGAUGUCCAUGUACUGCAUUCUGUUUUAAAAAGGUCAAAAAAAGAGUUUUCCUUGGAUUUACGGAACAGCAGCAUUGACGUGCGAGGGCUAAAACACCUGGUUGCCCUAAAGAAUGUGGCAUCGUUCAGGGCCUCCCUCAGUGAUACAGUCAGGCUCUGGAAAGCUUUAGAACAAGCAAAAGACUACGAACUCCUGAGAGUAUCAACAGAGAAGUUUGUUCUUGAUCCCUUUAAGGCAAAGACAAUGAAGGACGUCAGUGACCUUUCAGACCUUGUAGAGCUGCAGGAGAAGAUGAGCAGCUGUGUGGAAGAUGCAUCUGGUUGCAGCAGCUAUGAAAUCCCUGCCCUCAGAAACCUCAGAAAACUAGAAUUUGCGCUGGGUCCAGUAUGUGGCCUGCAGGGAUUCUUAAAACUCGUGGAAAUUCUUGCAGCAUUUCCAUCACUUCAGCAUUUAGAGUGA